UGCCUGGUCGGAGAGGAAGGAAAGUGACACUUGGUGGUUGGUUAGUUUUUUUACCGCCGUCUUAGGAGAUUUGUUUUCAAGUUUAUACAGCAAGAAUCGGUAUUUUAGGAAGCCCUGACCUAUUUAUUUAACACAAAUAUGGGCGAUAAAGUUACAGCAAUUAGCUAGCGCUAGCUCGUUAACCGAAUGUCUUUCAGUCAGUUACAGUCGUCAGAAGUUGGCUAGUUGCGAGCUAGCUACUACGUAGCUAACGUAAGUGCUGUGAGCGUAACGUUAGGCUGCUGUUUAUCGACAGCCUGCGGUGGGUGGUGGCCGGUUAGACGAACAUCACGUUCGUCGAGGUGCUGGGAAGCUGUUCACGGAGAGCUCUCUGAGGCGUCUGACCAUGGAUCCAUUUGAUAGUACAGAGCGAACCAACCUUCCAAGGAACAUGAUUGAAAAUAGCAUGUUUGAAGAAGAGCCCGAUGUGGUGGAUUUGGCCAACGACUCCAAUACAUUUCCAACCUUUCCUGCUCUUGACCCGGAGGAGGUGGUGUAUGAGCCCCGGAGCUCACGACUACUUGUGCGAGGCCUCGGGGAGAAUGACAUGGACGAAGAUGAGGAGGAUUGCGAAUCUUCUGCCCGCCUGCUUGGCAUGUCCUUCAUGAACCGUAGCUCUGCUCACAGAUCGAGCUCUUCCCCGUACAGCAGACAAACUCCAUCCAGGUCAUGUUCACGACCCUCAGCUCGUACCAUGGUUGUGUGUACACUACUCCUUCUCAUAUUGGUCUCUGUGAUCAUGGUACUGAAACUCUUACCUGGAUGCACCUUUACUAAGGCAGGAUGUCCUAAGAAAGAUAACACAAGUCCCUUGGAGCCAGUCUAUCCUUUGUCCACAAAUGGUGAACCGUUUCCAUGGGCAAAGUUUCGGCUGCCUCGAAGCAUAAGUCCUGUUAGCUAUGAGCUCACCUUCAACCCUGACCUCAAUAACAUGGUUUUCACUGGCCAAACUGUUAUCAACAUGUCUGUGCUUCACAACACCACGCGUGUUGUUCUGCACGGUGCUAAUCUCAACAUUACCAAAGCAACAUUUAAGGUGGGUGAUGGGCAGGUCAAGGAUGUGGCUGUACUGGAGUACAAACCCAAUGAACAGUUGGCCAUUAAGUUCCCUGACUAUCUAAAAGCAGGCCAGUACGGUAUUCUGACCAUCCAGUAUGCCGCCAAUCUCUCGCACACCUAUGGUGGCUUCUACAAUAGUUCAUACUCUGAUAAAGAUGGAAACAAAAGGGUUCUAGCUGCAACCCAAUUUGAGCCACUGUCAGCUAGAAAGGCCUUUCCCUGCUUUGAUGAGCCAUCAUUCAAAGCCACCUUUCUGAUUAAAAUCAGCAGAAAACCUGAAUACACAACUCUUUCCAAUAUGCCUAAGGCCAAAUCUACGCAACUUCCUACUGGCCUCUUUUUGGAUGAGUUUGAAAGAACCAGUGUCAAAAUGAGCACCUACCUGGUGGCGUUCACUGUGGCUAACUUCACUCAUAUAAGCAAAAAUGUCACAGGCACUCUGGUGUCUGUGCACUCUGUGCCAGAGAAGCAGGAACACACUGAGUAUGCACUGGAAGCAGCCUCUAAACUCCUGGUGUAUUACAAUAACUUCUUUGAAAUUCAUUACCCCCUGAAAAAACUAGAUUUGGUUGCCAUACCAGACUUUUUGGCAGGAGCCAUGGAGAACUGGGGGCUCAUCACUUUUCGAGAGACCAGCCUGCUGGUGGGCAAACAGUCGUCUGCUUUGGAAAAGCAAUUAGUAACCUACAUCAUAGCACAUGAGCUUGCCCAUCAGUGGUUUGGAAACCUAGUAACUAUGUGCUGGUGGAAUGACCUGUGGCUCAACGAAGGCUUUGCCACGUACAUGGAGUAUAUGUCUUUACAGUCAGUGUUUCCCGAGCUUGACAUUGGAAAUUUGUUUUUGGCAACACGAUUCAGAGCCUUGGACAAAGAUUCGCUUAACUCCUCCCACCCAUUGUCUACAGAGGUGAAUUCACAGGACCAGGUGGAGGAGAUGUUUGACGUUAUCUCCUAUCAAAAGGGUGCAUCCAUUCUUCUGAUGCUGAACGCCUCACUUUCAGGGGAGCAACAGUUCAGAAAGGGUAUAAUUCAAUAUCUUAAACAGUUCAAUGAAUCAAACACGGACACCGAUGGCCUCUGGAACAGCCUUACACAGGUUGAGGUCUCAACACAGCACGAGAAUGUGUCAGAGAUGAUGAGCUCAUGGACAUCACAAAAAGGCUUCCCACUGGUCACUGUAAGCCUCAAAGAAGAUGAGGUGACCCUCACACAGGAGCAUUUCCUUCUGACAUCAGACAAUGCCACGCGUACAUCCAGCUUGUGGAAUAUCCCAGUGACGUAUGUAACUGAUGACUGUAGUGUCGGCCCUUUGUGCAGAAAAAUGUUCACUCUGAAGACCAAGUCAGACACUUUUAAGCUUCCAAAAAGUGUAAAAUGGCUGAAGUUAAACUACAGAAACACAGGCUUCUACAUUGUCCACUAUGGAGCUGAGGGCUGGGCUGCUCUUACCGAUGCUUUGUCUCACAACGUCAGCGUCCUCACAAAUGACGACCGCGCCUCGCUGAUACACAACAUCUUUGCUCUCUCCAGACUGGAACGUGUGUCCUUUCAUGAAGUCCUGAACUUGUUGAACUACAUGUCCAAUGAAACUGAGAGUACUCCUGUGAUAGAGGCCUUGUUACAGCUCAAAAGUGUCUACAAGCUGCUUGAAAAGAGACAAGAGCAGGAGCUUCUGGCUCGCAUGAAGACUCAUAUCCUGGAUCUCUUUGGUUCUAUGGUGGACAAUCAAACAUGGGAAGAGGAGGCCAGUAUAUCUAAACAGGAGCUGCGCUCAGCCCUACUGGAAGUGGCCUGUAGCCUGGAACAAAAAAAUUGCAUUGAGAAAGCCAGAGAACUGUUCAAACAGUUUGCUCAGAACAAAAGGAUACCAGGUGAUCUACAGCAAGUCGUAUUCAAUGUAGCUGCUCAGUCUGAUGAAGACUGGUCAACCCUGCUCAGCAUGUAUGGACAUGCUACAUAUGAUUCAGAAAAGCGAAAAAUGCUGCGGGGCUUAGCAUCCACUCAAAAUGCAAAGCGUAUAGUUUGGCUUCUAAAGGCAACUCUGCAGGGGGACAUCAUUCCGACACAGGAGUUGCCGUUGGUUAUUAGCAUUGUAUCCAAUGGCUUUGCUGGUUAUUUGUUUGCCUGGGAUUUCAUACAACAGAAUUGGGAUCACCUCAUAGAGAAGUUCUCUGUUGGCUCCUUUGCCAUCCAGACAGUCAUCCAAUCUGCCACCUCUCAAUUUUCUACACACGCCCAACUUGAGCAAGUGCAGGGUUUCUUCUCUAGUCUGAAGGAUCGUGGCUCUCAGAUGAGAAGUGUGCAGGAAGCUUUAGAGACCAUCCGGCUGAACCAGCGCUGGAUGGACAGGAAUCUGCCUAUAAUGCAAACGUGGCUGUAAUACAAGAGCACCAUCCAGUCUCUGCCCUAUUAACUGGCAGCAUGUCGUCAAGACAACAGCAGUGUUUGCACUAUUGUAGGACUGUCUCUCAGCCUGUGUGUACAAGGUUUCAGAGAUUGGUUCUGUGAGUUGUACUGGUUAGCUCAGGGUGGUUCUAAUUGUGUGUCUGAUGGGGAGCUGUCGGACUCAAACAUGGACUCCUCGCGCUUUUAUGCUAUUGACCAAACGUCUCCUCUGCAGCUCUCAUAUAGACCUCAUACCUGAGCAGACAAUCUGCUUCACCCUUUCUUCUUUCGUUUAUUUUGCACUCAGGCACUCAACUUUAUGAGCUGUAUAAUGGCUACAAGUCUGUGCAAUGUGCAUUAGAAAUGAGAAGUUGGGAUUACUGUUGCAUUAAAGUUACUUUAGGAUUAACUUUAAUUGACCUUGAUAAAGAUUAUCUGUAUGUAGAAACAAUCAAAGCUACUUGUCAGUCUGGAUCAUGUCAGUCACAAUUGGAAACAUUUACUAUAUUAGCGCUAGGUGGGCUAGAAGAUUGGUUGAAUGACAGCUGAAAAUACCAAACUUGUCCUGUCAUUAAUUGAAUGUACUGAGAGACCUUCCUGCUGUGUACAGUAGAUGGCGUACUGCACAACUGUGCAAGUUAAAGUCAACCAGAAUGUGUCUUACAGAAGGGCAGGCACUGCACACUGGAACCAAAUGCUCAUUUUCAUUCAUGUUUUUUUACUUUAAAUUAAACCUUCAUAAGGUUUAACUUUGAUUAUCAAGUUUUAGGGUGUUCCUUUUAUUUGCCACUGUACAGACUCAUUGUUUUACUCUCUUUGCUUCUAAACUUGUAAUUAUAUUGUAAAUAUGCUAAACCCUGUGGUUUAAAUAUCUUGAUUGAUUGAACAUGAUUCACUGGGUUGUGUGUAUGUGUGUGUAUAUAGAUAAAGGUUAAGGGACAAUAUGUACAUUUUCAAAUUUUCUAACUGUAUUUCUAGAGUUUAGACCAUAGCACAGAGGUCUUUGGCUUAUGAAUGUGAAUGUUUAAGGGCUAAUGUGCACAUUGAAGGUAUAGCCUGUCUAAGAUUGUCAGCUCUGUUAUUUUUCCAUCAAGCUGUUGUUGACCAGCUAAAAUACAAAGUUACUCCCAUAUAAAUCUACUGAGAAUGAAUAGUAGCCCAGCUAUUUAUUCAGUGUCUUUACAUGUCUCUGAACGUUUGCUCCAAGAUGUUUAUUAAGGGUACAUUCACCCUACAUUUUAUUCAGAGCCUUUACUUGUUUACUCCAUCACUGUUACAGUCGACUUGCAUCUUACAGUAUAUUAAGUUUGAGUUUUUGUCCUUUUUAUUUAAAAACUGUUAUCAGGAAUUUGUCCAGUUUAUUAGAAGAACACCAGUACUGUAAGAUUUAGGUUCAGUUACUCUUAUUGGUUGGUUUGUGUGGCUGCUUAAGAUCAGGGGCUUUAAGUACAGCACUAUGGCUCGUUGUGACCCGUAUUGUUUUUUUGUGGUAGACCUGCCAGGAAUCAGUUAUUCAGCUUUAUUAACACAUACCACACUGUGAUUUCUCACCAUAUUCUGCUCAGUUAAGAACUAUCUUGGUCAGGUGCAUCGGUUUGUUAAGGUUGUACAAUCAGCGAGGCCAAGACUGUAGUGGAGGUCAUCUACACCUGAUCACAUUCUCCUUCACUGAAAUGCUGCAAAUGCUUUUAAAACAGUGUUGCUGAUUAUGUGAACAAAAUAUACAGUAAAUAAAAGCUGUUUUCUGAUAA